AUGGCCACCCUCGAUCUAGAGGGCUGCACCGCCGCUGGUAUCCAGGAUAUUUAUGGCGACAUUUCUUCCGACCUGGACUACCUCAUCUACGUCAACGACAUCAUGGUUGACUGGAUCUUACCGUGCUUGAGAGGUGACCUUGCCUCUCGGUUUCAGCGCGAAAAAUCACGCCAACGCAUCGUCUUGGGCGCCUGGUUCAAACAGAUGGGCGCCCUCUUCCUCCAGACCACUCGUCACGACAUUACCCAAGCCUCUCAGGCUCUUCGCGACCAACGCAUCCGCACGGCCGACGACUUUCCUGUCUACCGCUCCUCCAUCACUGCUGCCGUCGACACCCUUCGCAUUGAGGGCGCCUACUCGGCAACCCUAUUAGAGGCACAAUCUGAGACGCGAGUCACUCGUAGCCGUGGCGCUGUGCAAAGCGCUGCUCGCGCUGCUGCCACCAGAAAUUUUGAGGCUCACACCGACCUCACGCGCGACUUCCAGCACGAAGAAGAUCAUGCCGAACCCGACGCUCUCGAUUGCUUGGUCAACGAGCAUGAGGAAGAGGAAAGGCCGAAAAUGGCCGCCACCGGGUCGCACCCGGCCACGCCUUCGACAGGAGCCGCUCCCGUCGAGGCUACCGCGAGCGCUUCUCGCCAUGCCGCAAGCGCCGCCGCCACAUCAGCCGCCGCCGCGGGCCCUGGAUCCCCCCGCAACAAUGACGCCGCCGUGGCCCAGGUCCACAGGACCCUUCAAGCCCUAGUGCACUCUCUAGGCUCCCAACAUCAGCUCCAAUCGCAGAUUGCCGAGCUUGAACGCGAGAUAAACGCUGCCCUUCGGCUCAUCCCGGACAGGGGCCGCUCACAUG